AAUUGUCAUCGCUCUCGUCGAGCUCCUGCAAUUCAAUGUCAUUGGCGGUGACAGCCGUAUUCCGAGCUGCCGCGCGCCUGCACACCGCCGCGUGCUUCCCGCACGGCAUCGCGCCGUCCGCCCCACACGUCUGCCACUCGCUUUCGCCAAGGCGCCUCACACGCACCGCGCCGCCCGCGCACGACACUUCCACCGGCAGCUCUGCCGGCGCUGCAUCCGCCACGAGCCAGCAGCAGCAGACGGCAAGGACCAACAGGGCGCCCAGCGAGCGCCGCAGCAUCGUCACCACAGACCGUAGAGUCACUUGCGCACGUAGGCUGGUCUGCAAGACAGAAAAGAAGCAGCGGAGGAGAGAGCUUAAAAAGAGUCACUUCACCGCAGCCAAUCACCGCGAUAACACUAGCAGCGACAAGUUUUUUCUGCAUGGAGGUGCAGUGCCCGUUGGAGGCAAGUGCCAGGACAGUGACACAUGUGGACUGCGUCGCAGCGUGCGGUUAAUCCGCAUAGCGCCAGCGUCGGCACCUCUAAAAGACGUGAAACGGCAUCGCCGUAGCGGCUGGAGGCUCUAG